AUGCAUUUCUUAUCGCUGUUAACUGCUGCUGUGACGGCCAGCGCUUCCUCGUUGACGCCUCCUGUUCUUCCUUUGAUCGUUCGGAACCCGUAUCUCAGUACUUGGCUGGGAAAUGCUCGCGAUGCACCAUGGGAACAUUGGCCGACCUUCUGGACCGGAAGCAGUGUUGGCUUCUCGGUUAUGGCCUCCGUGCCAGAUUCUAACACGGUUUAUCCGCUGCUCGGACGGCCGCAGGACUCUUUGUCUUCCUCUUCCAAAAAUUACAACGUAGCUUUCCCAACCUAUUUGGGCGCCGUUUUUGAUGCCUCAACCACCAACCUUUCAUAUUCGAUUCCUCCCCCUAAGGGAAACUCCGCACCCGUUACAGUCAUUCUCUCGUUCCUAUCCCCCAUUACGCCCACCUCAACCUUUCGUCAGUCAAUUCCUGCUGCGUAUCUGACUGUCCACGUCGAGGGAUCGUUUGACAUUAACGUCUACACGGACUUGAACGGCGAGUGGGUCAGUGGCAACAGAGACAACAAAAUUAUUUGGAGGUUGAGUAACGCGAAAGCCUCACAAGGCCACAGCGCCGCACUAAAGACAUGGCAGGUGUCACGGCACACGCAACAGCUUCUCACCGAGUUUGCUGAUCACGCGGAGUGGGGAACCCUGCAUUUCACAGGCCCGGCGAAUGUUUAUCACCAGGCGGGAACGUCUGCCAUACUGCGGCAACACUUUGCAAAAGAUGGUUCACUGAAGAAUGAGGUUGACAACUCCUUCCGGAAGAUUAUGGACGAGGAGCCGGUGUUCGCCUUUUCCAAGUCAUUCCGCCUCAGCAAUAAGACUGGGGCUGGUUUGGCAUCUGCAGACAGCGUGUUGUUUACACUGGCACUGGUCCAAGACCCGGUUGUUCAAUUUGCAGCCGCCAGGGGAUUGACGAUGAUGAGGCCUUUGUGGUCAUCUUACUUUGCAGCCUCUACCGAUCUUAUCCAAUACCACUACGAUGACUUUGCGGCAGCCAACCUACUAGCCAGAAACUAUUCUGGGCAACUGGCCAUUGACGCCUUUGCUUCGGGCUCUCAAGACUAUCAAGAUAUUGCCGCACUGUCUGCUCGUCAAGUCCUCGGCGCAACGCAGUUCUCCGGAACCCCUGACAACCCCAUAUUGUUUCUCAAGGAGAUUUCUUCAAACGGAAACUUCCAGACCGUUGACGUGAUCUUCCCCGCUUUCCCAUUUUUCUUAUACACCAACCCUCGUUGGCUAGCGUAUCUGUUAGAGCCUCUUCUAGAGCACCAAUUGAGCGGCCAGUAUCCCAACGACUAUAGCAUGCAUGACCUUGGAGCACAUUUCCCCAAUGCAACUGGACAUCCUGACGGCAGGGAUGAGUACAUGCCCGUGGAGGAGUGUGGAAACAUGCUUAUCAUGGGCUUAGCGCUUGUGAAUGCCUUCAAAUACGACACUCAGCCAGCAUUUCUCCAAUCCGUGGGUGGCUAUGCGAGAUCGCUUGAAUCACUGAGCACGGAUAUCUCCGGUGUACGGCCUUGGGCGUUGUCCUCCGAUGGUUACGGCAUUGACCGCCCCUCAGCUGCUACUACAAUGAGGGGAUCCAAGGAGGCUGAGAAAUGGGUGUCAAGGUCAUACGAGCUCUGGACCAAGUGGACGGGCUAUCUGGUCCGUGAAUCCCUCAUCCCAGCUAACCAGCUCUGCACUGAUGACUUUGCCGGAUGGCUUGCCAACCAGACAAACUUGGCUCUAAAGGGCAUUAUCGGCAUCAAAGCAAUGGCUGAGAUCGCCGACGUACUGGGCAAGGCAGAUGACACCAAGUACUACACAAAUAUCGCGAACGAGUACAUUGAUAAGUGGCAAGACUUCGGGAUUUCGAGGGACGGGUCUCACGCCAAGUUGGCAUAUACUUGGUAUGGCUCCUGGACGACAAUCUACAACCUGUAUGCGGACUCGCUCCUCUGCUUCCACUUACCAGGACAAAGAGACUCAUCACUGGGUGGGCGAAUUUCGGGGUGGCUGCAGAGGGUUUUUGGCAUGGGAUCAAGAACGACCUUCAUCCCCGACAAGAUUUAUACCAUGCAAAGUAACUGGUACCAUUCGGUUCUGCAGCACUACGGCCUGCCGCUCGACAGCCGACAUCUUUACACAAAGAGUGACUGGCAGUUCUUUGCUGCGGCUGUAACAAGCAGGAAGACUCGGACAGAAAUUCUCCAAAGCAUUGCAACUUGGGUGAAUGAGACCACUACAGAUCGACCUCUCACCGACCUGUACGAAACGGAGGGCACGGGUGGGUGGCCUGGUCCUCACUUCAUGGCCAGACCAGUAGUUGGGGGCCACUUUGCCUUCCUUGCGUUGGAAAGAGCAUGUGGAGGUAAGGCAGUUGAUGCAUUGAGCUUUCUAGAAGAGCCAGAGGCAUUUGUAGAAGUAGACGUUCGGAAGGCUCUUGAGGUCGAUAUCUUUGGAGGACCGGAGGUAAAGUAUCCGGAGGUGAUACAGGACUUGUAA